CAUCCACCCACCCCACAAUCUAUUGCUACUAUUCUUGACGCCUGCUCCUACGGAUUAUCGACUGAUAUCGCCUGCGUGGACUACCGCUACUGGCACGGCCGGUCGUCGACGCGCCAGAACUUGGCCGAGGAUAUGGCUGUUUCCCUGGUUGACGAACACCCUCCGGCGCCCACUACAUAUGCUGGGGAUCCAGAGAAAGAUAUCGUGGCUAUGGCAGCACACAGCUGCCCGAAGUGUGGGUCCGAGCUACUGCCGGGCAGGGAGCUGGAAGAGGCACGAAAGAAGAUUAAGGAGCUGGAAGCGCAGGUGGAGAUGCUAAAAGAGAAGGCCACAGCUGCUGUGGAUCGCUGCGCCGACUACGAAGACCAGCUCCGCACAUUCCGCGCAAACAACAACCAUGCUCUCCUCCGAACCAACACCUCGGACUCGCUCGCACCCACCGCUGGCAGACCCUCAGAAGAAGAACGACGCCCUUCCACAGCGCACUCGACGUCGACGAAACAGUCCCGCUUCUCGUUCCUCACAGGCCGACGCGUCUCCCCGGCACAGUCUACCUCACACGCGCCUCCUACAUCCCCCGAUCCGCAGCCUGACACCACGCUCCUAGAGCAACAACUCUCGCAGGAGCGCCAGUUGCGCGCCCAAGCGGAGGCCAAAGCUGCCAAAGUCGACUCAGAGAUAGAGGAGCUUUCUGUGCAGCUUUUCUCGCAAGCGAACGAGAUGGUGGCCGCGGAGCGGAAGGCAAGGGCAAAGUUGGAGGCGAGGGUGGAGGUGUUGGAAAGGAGGGACAGGGAGAAGCAUGCUCGGUUGGAGAGGUUGGAGGAUGCGGUUGGCCGGGUGGAAAGAGUCAAGAAGUUGUUGGCAGCUGGAGCGGGGGUGCACAAGAAGGUGUAGAGGCUCGUUUCGAUUUGCGUUGGAUUGUGCGGCUUUUACGAUGAUACCCUUCCCACCUACUCGCAUAUUGUUGUCUGGGCAUUUUAGCGUCUGCAUUUUGGGCUUUUCCGGCAUUGGGAGGGUUGGUUUGUUCCUGGAUUGACAAAGCUGGUGUUAUUGCUCGUUGGGACAUGUUGUUCUUGAUUAUCUCAUCUUACGUUAUAUGCAGUUUUCGGCCUGUCGCAUUAAUAUGUUCAGAAGACGGAGCGGAGUGAAUGUAGUGGAGCUAGUCUAGCAAGGCC